CACACUAUUUGUACAGAUGGCGGAUUUGCAGCCACACUGCCCGGCAGAAAACAAUAAAUCUCGUUCAAAACAAUAAGUUUUAAAUAUUUGUGAAACCAUGACAAGCGAGUGUCGCCUAUGUUGCGGGAAGAUCUUCACUCCGCACCCGAAGAACCUCUUCGAGAAGCGCAACCAGCGGAUUCUAACGGCCAUCCAGCAAAUCACGGGCUUGGAGAUCGUUUUGGAGACCACGCUACCCAAGCACAUCUGUGCCAACUGCCUGCUGGACCUAAGCCACGCCGUAGCCUUCCGACAGCGCUGCUUGCAGGCACACGAGAGUCUGCACAGGAAUCCCAGCAGAUCGAAUGACGCCUCAGCUGAUAGCGCUUCGGCUAUCAAGAAAGAAUGCAGUCCCCUGCCGAAAGACGAACUUGAUGGAUAUGACAGCGAAAAUGGCUAUAACUCCGAAGACAAGAAUGAAUACGAUUCGCCCAGGGAGCCCUCACCGGUGCCAAAAAAAAUAAAACAGGAGCUACGGAUGCCUAACAGUCAAUCGCCACGGGUCAGGAUCAAGCGCCUCCACGUGCCGGAGCUCCGGAAACCCACUCCGUCUGAGCCAAAGCGAGACGGCCGCAAGAGACGGCGGCGUCCCAAGCCGUAUCCCAAGGACAAGAGAUAUGUGUGUGAUCAGUGCGGCUGGGCUUUCGCCGAUAUGAGCAACAUGAAGGACCACAAGCUGCGGCACUUUGAGAAGAAAUACGCUUGUGACCAGUGCGGACGCAAGUUCUACACCCAGCCACUGCUCCGGCUGCACUUCCGAGUGCACCACAUGGGCGAAAAGCCCUAUGUGUGCAAGUACUGUGGAAUGGGGUUCAACAACAGUCCAGCCCGCUGUCGGCAUGAACGGCAAGUGCAUCCCAACGAACUGGCCUUUAAGUGUAAAAUCUGCAAUAAGCGCUUCAACAGCGAAAAGAGCCGGACCAAGCAUCAGGACGGGCACAAGAGCAACGAACCCGAUGUGCACUAUUGCGAAACCUGCAACAAGGAGUUCAAGGAGGCCUCGUUUCUGCAUCGCCACUUCGCCACUAAGUACCAUCGCAAGCGCAUGAAUCGGCUGGCGGAGAAUCCUGCAGACAACGAGACAAUGACGGAUCUGGACGAAAGCCAGGGAGAUCCUGACGACUUGAGCCAAGAAGAUAUGGACGACCUCUUUGAAAGGAUAGACGACGAUCAGUAUGAUGAUGAUCAGUAUGAUGACCAGUAUAUUGACGAUGAGGUUAAUGCUGAGGAAGGGAAAGACGACCAGAUUCUCGAGGAGGAGGAGGAUGUCGACUAUGAGGCAGCUUACUUGGAAGAACUGGACGAAUAGCGGCCUUUAAAAUGUCAGCAGAAAUACCAGGAAAACAUUAUGUCGAGAAACUGUGUGGGUUCAGUUAAGAAAUUUUUUUAAGCAAUCUAAGCCGGGCAUCGGAUUUACAAAAAAUGACUAAUGAAUAAAUAUAUUAUUAAGUUGUA